CUCACUCUGCACGUUGAAGACAACUAGCUGAUCCGACCACUACCACGAGCAGAAUCCUUCCAACCAGAAGUGAAUUGCUGCAAGAGUGGCUUGUUUUCCGACUUGACGGGCAGCGCGGUGCCGUAGUACGGUGGCCUGCACUCUUGUAAAUUCAUUCUAGACUUGCGCAAGUAUCAGACGGCUCUCCGCAUUCAGCGAGGGUCACCUGAGAACAUGGUUCGCUCAUAUCAAGCAACAACAUUCUCGUCAGCACCGUAUUUCGAUGAUCGAGGCCCUCACGGUCAUGCCGAACCAAUCACAGAGCGCGUCAACCCGCAUUCUCGUCCCAUAGUCUCGUACUACUUUCCGAAAGGUGUAGGCGCGCAACACUAUGGAGAACGGCACCCCAUGAAGCCGCAUAGAUUGACUCUCACGAAUAGCCUUGUCAUGGGAUACGGCUUAGACAAACAGAUUCAUCAUAUAUAUAAUCCACGAUCCGCCACCCAGGCCGAGUUGGAGGCCUACCAUGACAAUGACUACAUCGACUUUCUCUCUAGGGUAACGCCGCAGAACCAGGUAGACAUGAAACAUCUAAUCGAUACUUUCAACUGCGUCGAAGACUGUCCAGUAUUCUCGGACAUGUACGAUUUCUGCCGCAUGUACGCUGGUUCAUCCUUGGCAGCAGCGAGGAAGCUUUGCGCGGGAACAACUGACAUAGCGAUAAACUGGUCGGGAGGACUACACCAUGCGAAGAAGGGCGAGGCCAGUGGAUUCUGCUAUGUGAAUGAUAUCGUAUUGGCCGUACUGGAACUUCUCAGAUAUCACCCUCGAGUGCUCUAUAUUGAUAUUGACAUCCAUCACGGCGACGGUGUAGAGUUCGCCUUCUACCACACAAAUCGAGUCAUGACGGUGUCAUUCCACAAAUACACCGGCGACUUCUUCCCAGGCACUGGGAAACUCGAUGACAACGGCACGGGCCUUGGGAAACAUUUCUGCCUUAACGUGCCUUUGCAGGACGGGAUCGACGACAACAUGUACCUGACGAUCUUCAAGACGGUGAUCGAGGACACCGUCACUGCAUUCCGGCCGACAGCCAUCGUCUUGCAGUGCGGCGCGGACUCCCUGGGCUGCGACCGGCUAGGUGCCUUCAACCUGUCGAUCGCAGCCCACGGCGAAUGCGUCAACUUCGUCCGCAAGUUCAACGUCCCGCUCCUCGUGCUCGGAGGCGGAGGCUACACCAUCAAGAACGUGAGCCGCUGCUGGACAUACGAGACCUCCGUCCUCGUGGGUGCCUCCAUCCCGGACGAACUGCCCGUGACGAUCUACGACUCGUUCUUCCGCGAGUCUCAGUGGAAGCUCCAUCCGCCGCUCACAGGCAAGGUGGAGAACCACAAUACGGCGGCGUCGCUCCAGCGUAUCACGAUCGCUAUUCGGAACAAACUGCGGUACCUCCAAGGCGCCCCGAGCGUCGCAAUGCAGGAGAUCCCUCCGGACCUUGCGGGUUGGCUAGAGGACGAAUCACGGACACGAGAGGAGAAGGAGGAGGAACGGGGUACUGCUCAGGCAGGCGAGACUAGAGUGGACCGGUCGGUUCUGCGCAACGAGUUUUUCGACGGAGACAAGGACAACGAUGCUGAUGAAGCGGAUGACGAGCCGGUGGUACCGGCCAAGAAGACUACCACCCGCAAGCCGCGGACGAGCACAGGCAGGAGGGCAAGAGGAAGGGGGCGAGCCAGAGGGGCCGGGGCGUCGCGUACAGCGGCAGCGGCAGCAGCAGCAGCAGAGGAGGAUGGCGAAGACGAGGAUGAAGAGGAGGAGGCGCCUACCCCGGCGCGAAGAACAACGAGACCGAGAGGACGGGGUCGAGGCCGUGGGCGUGGGCGCGGACGCUCAAGGACUCAGGCUCAAGCUCAGGAGAGGGACACGGAGACGGAGAGUACGCAGCUCGAGGGGGACUCUGUGCCGGACACGGAGACAGACCAACCGCCGCAGGAGCUCAACGUCGUCUGAGUAUAAGUGACUGCUGGUUAUGACAGGAACGCGAGUCCGACAAUCGCCAUGCGAUUGUCAGUCAGCCCACGUCUUGGGAGAGGGGCUGUGCAUACUGAAGUGGCCAGAGUGGGCGAGGAGAUCAUUGUUUGGCACCGCACGCGACCUCUGUUUCAUCCUCGUAUACCCGCCGGUAACCACCAUCGUUAAUGUGCGGAUCAAUCGUCUUGCAGAGGCCAAGAAUGGGGCUACGUACCUUGACCGGACAGUAGGAGCUAGGGCGAGAAGCAUGCGUAGAUGAGCGGUAGACGAUUUGGGCGAGCGCGAUG